AUGACGCAGACUGCAGCUGGGAAAUCAACGGGAGGUGUUCUUCAAAUCCCUAUCGCAGCGACACAGAAGAACGCCGCCAACGCUGCCGCCGCCGGCCCCACGCCUAAGAAAGCACCCAAACCAGCUGCACCACGGCUCAAGCUCCUAGUGCGGAGACUACCUCCGGGAUUAACACAGGCAGAGUUUGAGACUGCUAUAGGCCCUGAAUGGAAAAUUGGAGCGGGAAAGAUUGAUUGGUUCCAAUAUAAGCCGGGCAAGAUUUCUAAGGACCCAGCGAAGCCGUCACGACCCUCGCGUGCCUACGUUCACGUUGUGUCCAGCGACCAUAUCAUCCCAUUCUCGAAUAAGGUUCGUCAGGUAUCUUUCACAGACGCUCGAAACACCUUCAACGAUCCCAUUCUGUUGGGGCCCCCCUCCGUGGAAUAUGCACCGUUUGCGAAAAUCCCCGGGAGCCGUGUACGGAAAGAUGCUCGCCAAGGGACUAUUGACCAGGACCCCGAUUUCAUUGCCUUCCUCGAAAGUCUUACACAACCGAUCACCAAACCGCCUACGGUCGAGAAUGCCACUGAUGCUGAGGAUAAGAAGGAGAAGAAGGAGACCGUGACCACCACACCUUUGGUGCAAUAUAUCAAAGAGAAGAAAGCGAACAAAGCGAAGGAUAGUUCCAACAAAUCCUCGAAGCACGCGAAAGCCGAUAAGGAGACCAAGGCGGAAAAGGUUCAAGCAAAGAAACUACUCCAGCGGCCCGAUAGGGAAACGGCGCAGGCCCCGGAGAAAAAUGAAAAGAAAUCCAAGGCGGAUAAAGCCACCAAGGAAGCUGUGAGAGCAGCGAACAAACAGGCUGCCAAUGUCGCCAAACAAGCCACGAGGGCCGCAGCACAGAACUCGCCCAAGGACACCGGUCAGUCUACCCCAACCACGGAGCGCAGACGGGAACGGGGAAGCGUUGCGGCCGCAGCCAAGAUUCUCCAGCGAGACUUGGGCCUGGCACCAUCUGGCGGUCGUCGCAAGGGUGGCAAGGGCGGUUCGGCGGAGACGGAUACAUCCAAAACUGAGCCGACGAGUGCCGAAUCGGGCAAGAAGGAGACCCCCCCGAAAACAUCGAGAGGCGCCUCAUCACAGAACGCAAAGGUCAAGGGAAACGUGCCACAGCCCAAUGAGCCGACAUCCCAGUCCGAAGCGAACACACCUCCCGCCAGCACUCCGCCCACCUCGGGUAAAUCUUCGAAAUCGAAAGGGAAACAGGCACCGUCCGCAGCCUCUACAGCGACGCAAGCUUUCCUCAAGCAUGCCAAUCCCUCGCAGGGGGUGACGGAGCCAUUGUUAGAAGCGGCAUUUAAGACAUUCGGCAAGGUCGUGAAGGUAGAGAUUGAUAAGAAGAAGGGCUUUGGAUAUAUUGAUUUCGCAGAGCCAGACGGACUACAAAAGGCGAUCGCCGCCAGCCCUGUAUCGGUCGCCCAAAGCCAAGUUGUGGUGCUGGAACGCAAGAUUAACCCUGGUGGAGAGAAGGGCCGAGGCAAGAACCGCAAUGAGCCUCAGCCUACCAACGCUGGUGGCAACAAUAACAACACCAAUGCCAAUGGUGGUCGUGGGGGUAAAUCAAAUGAGGGUGGCUCGGGAUCAUCGCGUGGACGCGGCGGACGAUCGAAGAAAGGCGGUGGUGGUGGUGGUAAGGCAAGUGGCGGAGGUAACGCCAAUGCGAAUGCGCCUGAGGGGACUUCCAAGGAGGCUAAAUGA